AUGACUUCAAAAACAGACUCGUAUCGCCUCGGUGUCGAUGUGGGCGGCACUUUCACCGAUGCAUGCGCCUUCUCGCCCAAUGGGACCGUCUUUCGAGCCAAAGUCCCUUCCACACCACACGAUCAAUCCAUCGGCGUCAAGAACAGCAUCGACAAGGUCCGAUCCGUGAUUCAAGCCGCAGAGAAAGACUUUACUGGCAAGUUUGGUGCGCUCCACCAUGGAUCAACUGUUGCGACAAACGCUCUCUUGGAGGGCAAAGGGGUGCCUGCGGCACUGAUCGUCACCCAAGGCCACAAGGAUGUUCUCGUGGCACGACGGUCACAGAUCCCAGGAGGACUCGCUGCGUGGAUUAAUUGGGAGCCUCCUGCGCCUCUCAUCCCACUGGAGAGAACGCUACAAGUGUCGGAGAGAACCAGUGUAGAUGGCAGCGAAAUUAGACCGGUAGAUAAGGAGGCCCUACGGAAGGAAUUGCUCACUGUCAAAGGCAAAGUCCAAGCAGUCACGAUUAGCUUGCUAAAUUCAUGGGUCUCGGGGGCUCACGAGCUAGAGGUGGCAGAGGUUGUCAAGGAAGUACUCGGUGACGACGUCGAGCUAUCACUAUCCCACGAAGUGCUUCCCGAGCUUGGCGAAUAUGAGCGCACUGUAACAGCAGCCGCCAAUUCCGUGGUCAAGCCCGAGGUCAAGAGGUAUAUGAACGGUCUCUCACAAAAACUGACGGCCGACACGCCCACAGUGCGCAUUCUCAAGUCUGACGGACGUCUCACCAACCUCGAACUCGCAGGCAAUCUGCCCGUGAACAUUCUCAUGAGCGGUCCCGCGGGAGGAGUACGAGGCAUCACGAGCAUCAUCGCUGAUGCUACGCCGCACAAAAAUCUCAUCACGCUGGACAUGGGAGGCACCAGCACGGAUGUGGCGCUCAUUGCAAAUGCCCAACCCUCGCUGCGGAGAGAGACAAUGGUGGGCGAUCUUGCGGUCCGAUCGCCAUCGGUCGAUGUCCGCACUAUUGGUGCCGGGGGUGGUAGUCUGGCUUUCUACUCCAAGCUGACGAAUACACUGCGCGUGGGUCCCGAGUCCAGUGGUGCGAUGCCUGGACCAGCUUGUUAUGGCAGAGGCGGCACACAGGCGACUGUCACAGAUGCUCAUCUUGUCCUGGGCUACCUGCCUGACACUCUGCUGGGUGGACAGUUCAAACUGGAUGUUGCAGCUGCUCGUGCUGCGGUAGGGACAUUGGCGGAUGAGAUGGGCAAAAGUAUCUUUGAGACUGCUGAAGCCAUUGUGGAUCUUGCGAACGAGGCCAUUUAUGGAGCGCUGCGACUUGUCUCUGUGGAACGUGGUUACAACCCUGCGGACUUUGCCCUUGUGGCCAUUGGUGGCGCUGGUCCUAUGUGCGCAAACGCUGUGGGAAAGCUUCUAGGAGCAUGGCCAGUGAUCAUUCCCGCAGCUCCAGGCAUCCUAUGCGCUCAAGGCGACGCAACUACGAAGAUGAGCCACGAACUGUCGGCCUCCUUCAUCCACGUCCUGACCACGAUCACGAUGGAUAAGAUACGAGAAGAGUACAAGUCCCUGCGUGAUCGGUGCGAGAGCACUAUGAAAGAGGCACUCGACGAAGAUGACCCUCCACUGGCAGUUGCGUACAGUGCUGCGCUCCGUUACAAAGGACAGGCGCUCGAACUUGGCAUUGAGCUGUCUGAGGAGGAUCUGGCACAACCCAUGGAAAUCUUUGAGCAAAUCGCAAAGACCAAGUUCGACGCCAUUCAUCAACAGCAGUUCAGUUAUACACUGGAGAACUUCGCACUGGAAUUGACCCGCCUCACCGUAUCCGCCGUUGAUGCCUGUCCUGACCUCGAAAUCCCGCUUGUGCCCACGGCCGACAGCGAGACUCCGCCAGAAUCUGCCAUUCUCGAGCACAAGAGCAUAGUCGUUGGCGGCAACGAGCACCAAGCCACGUUCUGGGACCGGGCAGCUAUCACCAAAAAAGGCCACAAAGUGCAGGGGCCAGCAGUCAUUGUCGAGAUGGACAGCAACACUCUCGUCGCUCCCGGAUUCGAGGCUACCGUCGAUGCCGUGGGGAAUCUGUGCAUCUCUCCCAUGCCCGGGAACACACUACUCCCAUCAUUCAAAUCCAAGUUUGAGAGCACCGUGUCCGACAAAACACCCGAGCAAAGAGUGGCAGAAGCCAAGAAGACUGUCGAGGAUAUUCCCGUCAUCCCUACUCUGAUCUCCUCAUCCCUGGCUUCCAUUCGCGCGGAGAUGGAUACGUUGAUGCUGCGAUGUUCCAUGUCGCCUGCGAUUCGUGAGCAGCAAGAUGAGUUUAAUGUCAUCACCAACGCAGAGGGCAAGAUGCUCGUGGGCCAGUUUGGAAGUUUUAUCGGGCAGUUUAUGAAAAUCUGGACGCACAAGAUGAACAAGAAGGAAGUGGACGAGAUCGAGGAAGGAGAUGUGUUCAUCACCAACGAUGUAUACGAGGUCGAAGGCGCUGUUUCGCAUCUGAACGAUGUGAUUGUGCUUCUUCCCAUCUACUACGAACACCAGCUCGUGGGAUGGGCUGCCAAUUUUGGCCACAUGACGGAUGUGCAAGGUCAAGUUCCUGGCUCCAUGAGUAUCAACGCCCAGACCAUCUUCGACGAUGGCUUGCAGAUCCCGACAAUGAAACUGUUUGAGCGAGGCAAGAUGAAUAAGUCCAUCGUGGAGCUCAUGUGCAGAAACAGUCGACAGCCAGAGUGGCUGCGUUCGGAUCUUUUGGCUUUGAUUUCUGCUUGCAGGACUGCAGCGACACGAGUCUGUGAGCUCUGUACCCGAUUCGGGCCGGAAGUGUAUGCUGCAGCGACGGAUGUCUUGCUGCAGAGGACCAGGACUGCCGUGUCGCAGAUCAUUGAGGAGCAUAUGACUGACGAGCUAUCGACGUUUACUGACUUUGUCGACGACGAUGGUCAUGGCAAAGGUCCGUUUGCGCUCAAAUGCACCCUCAGCAAGCCUGCAAAGAAUAGACUCAAGUUCGACUGGCAUGGAACGAGUCCGCAGGCGAGUAGUAGUAUCAAUUACUACCUCAGCGAGACGAUGUUCAAAAUGUUCGUAGGUUACUACCUCCUCGCCGUCUACUCGCCCUUUACGAUCCCCAACGACGGAUUCCACGACUUGGUCGAUGUGGAAAUUCCCCUGGGUUCACUCCUCAAACCAGUACGACCCGCAGCUCUGUCAUGCAGGACGCAUUUCCUCGGUCGAACCAUGGACAUCAUGCAAGCGCUCUUCGGCCAAAAGAACGCCGCCUUCAUGACCGCCGCCGGCUUCAGCGAUUCCCCUCACUUCUUCUACUCGGGCUUCAAGCCCACAGGCGAAUGGUACCAACUCUACCAAAUCGCCUUUGGCGGCGUCCCCGCACGCCCCAAAGGCGACGGACCCGACUGCCACUGUCUCUUCCCCGCCAUCAAAAGCGUCCCCACGGAAUCCAUCGAACUCAAUUUCCCCGUCCGCCUCGAAGUCAACGAAGCCGUCGCCGACUCCGGCGGAGCAGGUUUCCACCGUGGAGGAAACGCUCAACUCACCAAAUAUCACUUCCUCUCCGCCGGAGAAUUCAGCCUGCAUGAUGAUCGUUGGUUCACUUCCCCCUGGGGCGUCCGAGGCGGUAAACCAGGAAGUCGUAGCCGAAAAGCUCUGCAUCGCAUCAACCACAAUAACAAAAACAACAAAAACAACGGCGGCUAUGAUCCCCCGAUCCUUCUCCCAUCCAAAUGCGACCACGUCAAAGUCCAACCCGGCGAUAUCCUCGAAUGGCAAACUUGGGGCGGAGGAGGUCUGGGAGAUCCAUGGACGCGACCCGCAGAAACUGUGGCAUUGGAAGUCCGACGUAAAUUAGUUUCUGUGCAAGGCGCCAAGGAGAAUUAUGCUGUGUGCAUUCAUCCUAUUACUUUGGAAUUGGAUGUUGCUCAGACGGAAAUUUUGCGCGCGGAUAUGGAGACUUCUUGUUCUUCUUCUUCUGCGAAUGAUGCGAAUGAUGCGAAUGAUACUGCGGAUGCGUCUUCUGCCCGUCUGUAUAAUCGCGGAGGCACUCUAGCGGAAAUUGCGGCAAAAUGUCUCGAGGAAACGGGCUUUGAAGCUCCGGUUCCGCAGUGGGAAGAAGAGGUGUAUGGACCUCAUGUGGCUUUGCCGUAUGUGAGGGAGUGGUAUCGGAGGGGGAAGGAGGUGGGGUAUGAGAUGUGGGGGGUUUGAUACAUAAUUCUGUAUUUGAGAAAUUUUUAAAAUUUUGGGGAAGAGAUGGGAUGGAUGAUAUGGAUAUGUAUCUUACUGGUGUUUGUUAGGCUGUUGGCUAUUUCGUUACGACUUUGCUGUGGUGGUUGGUGGUUUGAUGGUGGUGGUGGUGGUGGUGGU